AUGAAAACCGGGGAUAGGACGACAGUCACCAACCCGGCCAACGAGGCGACACCGCUUCUUCCCCGUGCCGAAGACUUGCCACCUCCAGCCUCAGAGAAAGCGCAAUCAUGGCUCAAGCCGAAACCAAUUCACUUGGUUCUGCUAUGCGGCUUUUUUGCGUCGCUAUCGUUCGGUGUUACUCAAGUACCAAUCGUCUACGUCUUCCGCCUCAUGACCUGUGAGGCUUACUAUGCUCACCAUCCUACACAAGUGCCGCAUGACGGGCGAGACCGCUGCUCGCUACCAACCAUCGAGGCUGGAACGGCGCGGGCUGUGUCUCUGCUAGGUAUCACGACGACCUUCUUCGGCGUCAUCAAUCUCUUCAUUACUGGCUGGACAAUCAAGCGACUGGGGGUCAAGGCAGCACUCGCACUGCAGGUCCUCACACCCGCCUCCCGGCUCCUGGUUCAGAACGUCGGUGUGCUUCUGGGCGGUUCCACAGGUAUCAUUGUAGUGCAGGCUAGCCAGGUGGUGACCGUUAUGGGAGGCCCCAAUGGAUACAUGCUCGCGUUGAACACGUACGUGACCGAGCUGACAGGGCAUGAAGGUAGGACUGGGACCUUGGGGAGGCUGCAGGGCUGCAUGAUGUUCGGUAGUGCAAUUGGCUUCCUGAUCGGCGGUGUCCUAGCGGAAGCAUUCCACAUCGAGACGCCGUUCCAGUUCGCAUUGGUACUAUUCCUGGCUUCAACUGGCUAUGUUCUGCUCUGCCUACCGUGGAUCCCAGGUCGAAAAGAAGAACAAGCGCAGAGUUCUUCAGGCGUGAGGCGCAUGCUGGGACCCCUCAAGACGAUCCUGCCCUCAAGAUGGAUGCAGCAAGACGGCCACAUAAGAACCGAACACGGUGCUAUCUUCCUCGCAGCAGGAGCUUUCUGUGGCGUACUAGCGACCGGUUAUAUCCCAACUCUACUGCAGAUGUACGCCACAGACAUCUUCGAUUUUGGUACCAGGCGUAACAGUUAUCUCGUGUCGACGCACUCUUUCUUGCGCGGUCUCUACCUCACGGUCGUUUUUCCGCGCAUCAUCAAGCUCGGCCGCCACUUGUUCGAUAAACAUCACGAUAUCUCCGCGGCGUCAUCCUCGCCAACCUCCGGCACAGCCACACCAUCCGAACGAACUCAACUCGCCAAUGCCAUGCAAGACGAAGAACAAGAAGAUGUGUCGCCGCCCAAACCUCGCUCCCCGGCCACUGCCGACGCCGACGCCGAGCCUCGACCCUUCACCUUUGACCUUACCUACACACGUGCCAGCAUUCUCAUCGACGGCAUUCUCACUGCUGGCGCCGCAUUCGUCUCCCAAGGCUGGCAAAUGUACCUGAUCGCGGCACUCUUACCCUUCGGCGCCGGUACCGCCUCGGCCGCCAAAGGCGUGAUUCUACAGAUGUGCGCACCGAGUGAGCGAACGGACGCGCUAAGCGCGAUCGCAUUGGUGGAGAUGAUGGCGCGUUUGUCGACGACAUUUGUGUUUGGCUUGGUGUUUGCGGCGUUUGCUGCCAUGGAGAAGACGUACUUCGUGUUUGUGUGCAAUGCGGCGGUGGCUUUGGCUGGAUUUGCGGUUUUGCUGCUGUCCAGGUUCCCAGUGGAGGGAUCGAGGAGAUUGCAGAGAACCGAAACGGAAGCAGAUAGGGAGGAAGUGGCGGCGCGUAACGAGGUUUGA